AUGAAGCCCAGAGACUACUGCUGUUGUGCAAUCCCCAUCCUCUAUGUGGGAAUAUACGUCACCUUGACGGAACAGUUUGUUCUCGGAAUCCUAGCGGGCACGCUGUCAGUCGCGACUCCGUCUAUCGUGGGCGCAUCUACCCCUUCGUACGCGAAAUGGAUCUUUGCAGUCAUCUGCUAUGUUGCUGCGGCAGUUCAGUUGGCUGGCUUCUUCGCAGUGCGGAAUGAAAGACCAACGAUGUUCCGCCGCUAUACCACGCUGCACCUCCUGCUCACUAUCGCAUCCUUUGCUGUCGCUGCUGCGUGGAUCAUUCUAUCCGCUACUCGACACUCAAACGCCAAGUCGAAAUGCGAAACAGAUUUCUACGGCAACAACCCUAGCACCAUUUCUGAAGCGUCAACUGUGUGCAAUAUCUUCCCAUGGGUGGAUAUUGGUCUCAUGGGCGGGUUGUGGGUUUUGCUCGCCGUUGUACAGCUUUAUCUCUGCUUCGUGUUGUCGUCGUACAGCUCUGCCCAAGAGCGCGAUCAUCUGAAGUAUGAUUCAAUGUACGAUGCAACCCCGCUCAGAAGCGACAUACCCCUCGGCAACCGGAGCGACGCUUGGGAGUCGCGCCCGUUGACUGAUGAGGGGACUAAUGGCGGAUUCCACGACAGGUCAGCAAGCGUGGGCAGUGUCUCUACUGUCGUUGGGUACAAACCCCAACAACCCGCAGAAUAUGGCCAAACUGGCUAUCCUCCUCAGCCAGGCAAUAUUCCACCAGCGAGAGACCCGUAUUAUAAUUCGAGUGCUGCGGAGUAUGGCUACCCGGAGCGCACCUGA